AUGGCUGUGUGGGGCCCGGGAGGUCGUCUUGGCUUGCGCGGGUGCCUUGGAGCCCGCAAGCUAUUGUGUCCCCGUUUCCAGAGCCGCGGCCCCCAGGGCGUGGAAGACGGGGACAGGACACAGCCUUCCUUGAAGACUCCCAAGGUCCCCAAGAUCUACACCAAAACAGGAGACAAAGGAUUUUCUAGCACCUUCACUGGAGAAAGAAGACCCAAAGACGACCAGGUGUUUGAAGCCAUGGGAACUACAGAUGAGUUAAGCUCAGCCAUCGGGUUUGCUAUGGAAUUAAUUGCAGAAAAGGGCCACCCGUUUGUGGAAGAGCUUCAGAAAAUCCAGUGCUCCCUGCAGGACAUCGGCUCUGCCCUGGCGACUCCGCGCUCCUCAGCCAGGGAGGCUCACUUAAAACACGCCACGUUCGAGGCGGGGCCCGUCCUGGAGCUGGAGCAGUGGAUCGACAGAUACUCUCGCCAGCUGCCCCCGCUCACCGCUUUCAUCCUUCCUUCAGGAGGCAAGAGCAGCGCCGCACUGCACUUCUGUCGGGCCAUAUGUCGCCGAGCCGAGAGACGCGUGGUGCCUCUUGUCCAGAUGGGUGAGACUGAUGCAAAUGUGGCCAAGUUCUUAAAUAGACUCAGCGACUAUCUCUUCACAUUAGCCAGAUACACAGCCAUGAAGGAAGGGAAUCCAGAAAAGAUAUACAAGAAAAAUGACCCGUCAAAUCGCACCUGA